AUUUUGACAAGCAUAUAUCAAACGCAUAUAGUAUUAACCAUUUCUUGAACAUGCCACGUCCUUUGAGUAAGGACUCUUGCAACACUUGCCGACGACGCAAGGUAAAAUGUGACCAGAAAACGCCGGUGUGUCAACAAUGCACGAAGUCCAAUCGUUACUGUGAUAGAUCGGAGAGAUCAACCGAGUUUCGUCCGUCCCGGCUGGAAGGCGUUGCAGCACAGAGCCAUCUUGCAUCUAUGACUCCGCGUGGCGCUCUCCACGAUCAGAAAAUUGCUCGUCUCUUUGAUCACUAUAUCACCGACUUGUCUAAGUGGUAUGAUCUGAGCGACUCCAUAUCGACAUUCGAGGUCAUUGUGCCUCGGAUUUCUCUCGAAGAACCACUUCUGUUCUACGCGAUAAUUGCUCUAUCAGCGAUGCAUCUAUGCAAAACGACAGCCAGCAGCUUCCGAACUACGGCAGAACUUUACCAUGGCCGAUGUGUUCAGUUGCUCAUCACAAUCGAUGAAGACGACGCUGUGAUGAAUGGGGGUGUAGCUCUGGCAGCGACGUGCCUGCUGAGGUCUUAUGAGAUUCUGGACAGCAAUAUUGAUCCUAAUAUGCACCUACGAGGGGCCUACUCCAUGGUAUCUGUACACGAUCUCUUAUCCGGCGACUUAAAUCGCGGCCUGGUUGCGGCUGGUUUCUGGAAUUACUUACGAGAAGACAUCACAUUUAGUCUCUUCGAGAAUUGUCCACUAAAAAUGGACUUGGAGUCCAUUUCGAUGAUCAUAAAGCAUGAUUCAGAUCAGGAUUACCUCAAUUCCAUCACGCUAAUAUUGGGCAAGAUCAUAAAUGUGGCAUUCCACCACCCGUUUACGGUUCAAGAAUGGGAGGCUGCGCUUGAGAUGGUGCGGCAGUGGUCUUCAACUUGCUCGGAACGAUUGCAGCCCUUUUCAAAACUACCGGGCGGGCCUGGAACAAAUGAACUAUUCCCUCAAGCGUGGUUUCUCCAGCCGUGUCACGCGGCCGCGAUGCACUACUACUUGAUCGCACUCAUGAUUCUAAGUAUUCAUGCGAGUUCUCAAAGUUUCGAAGGCCUCCAGGCACUUCAUCUCCACGAACACGAUCAAAAGCCGAAAGACGAACUUGUAGAGGCGUUUGCCCUCGACAUUUGUGGAAUCGCGUUCACGAACAAGACUCCAUCGGUGAUUGUGAACGCAUUUGGCCCAAUCUCAUAUUGUGCCAAGUCCAUACAGGCUGAAGCGCCCCGCCAAGAGCUCAUCCGACGACUUUUGACCUACAAAUCAAGCAUUGGCUGGCCAGUCCAACGGCUCGUAAAUGACCUGGAGACUUCGUGGAGGGCUGGAGAAGCCUAGUUCCAGAGAUUAUGUCACAUGGUACACAUGAAGCCCAAAUGGUGCUGUGCUCAAGUGAGGUCUGCCACUAACUGAAUGGGGAAAGGAAUUCCGAGCUCGGGUUUCCUGCAUCACCAAGUCAUCCACGCAGAAACUAUAAGUGAGGAGCCCAUCCUCUGCCCAAAA